AUGCCAGGUAUCAGUUUCUUAUUAUCUAGUGGCGUUCAUUGGAGGUGGCUGGAGGCGAGGAACGGACUCCCCUGCUCUGUAUAUUACGACGUUCAGAUGGAGAAAGGAUUACAACCAUCGAAAGCAUAUGCACUAGGCCCGCAACACAGGACUCUUGAGCUUGAUGGGGUGAUUCAGAACCAUGCAAGAGGCUGGGUAGGCCCUGAAGGGCUUAUAAGUAGAUCGAGAAGCUGCUUCGCGGCAUCAGGGUGGCUCAAAGGACAAGAAGUCCGGACAGUUCUUUCCGACAGGCUAGCCAUGUCGACAGAUGCAGCCAAGGCAACCGUGACCUCGGAAGUUAUCCAGAAGGUAACGCACAAAAAAUAA